GAAAGCAGCCAAACUGAUGAUGUUGCACUCGAUAAUCCAUUAUUGCGUGGGGCUUCUGUAGCGAUAAGCGAGGAAUUAAAUGGCUUUCUAAGAAGAUUAUUUGAUAAAACUGUGAUCGAAAUUUGAAACAAACAUGCAAUCCGCUGUGCUUUUACUCCUUGUGGUUCAUCUCGCAUAUGCUCGAAAACACACUCUGCAAUAUUUAUACACUUCCAUUUCUGGAGACGAUGGUGUAUUUACUACAGUUGGUCUGGUGGAUGACAGUCAGUUUAUGUACUUUGACAUCAACACGAUGAAAGCUUCACCAAGAACAGAAUGGAUGAGACCGAGUGAAAUCACAGAUUACUGGAAAAGUCAGACAGCAGUAAUGAUUCGUGAACAUAAUUGGGUUAGAAACAAUGUCCCGACAAAGUCAACAGAUAUGCACACACACCAGCUAGUAUAUGGCUGUGAAUGGAAUGAUGAGACUGGAAAAACAAAUGGGUUCCGGAAGUUAGCAAUUGAUGGAGAGGUUUUCCUGUAUCUGGAUCUGAAGAGGAUGGCAUGGAUAUCCCCAAUGCAGCACGGCUUCAACAUUCAACAGAAGUGUAACAAUAAAACCAUUUCUCUUGCGUACUGGAAAGACUACCUUGAAAAUGAGUGCAUUGAGAAUUUGAAGAAGUUCUUACAGCUUGGAGAGAGCAGCCUGGAGAAAACAGUCUCUCCUCAGGUGUCUCUUUUGCAAAAGAAUGCCUCCUCUCCAGUCUUGUGUCAUGUCACAGACUUUUAUCCCAGUAAUGUUACAAUCACCUGGAUGAAAAACGGACAAGAGCAUUAUGAGGAUGUGAAGGCUGGUAAACUUCUUCCUAAUGAGGAUGGGACCUUCCAGAAGACCGUCGCCCUGAAGACUCAACCUGAUGAGUGGAGGAGCAAUGAGUUCAGCUGUGUGGUGGAGCACCAGAGCAGAACCAUCAGAAAGACACUCACAGAGAACGAGAUCAGGACAAACGAUAAACCAUCUGCUCCUGUUGGCAUGACUGUUGCUGUUGUUUCUGUGGGGACUCUGUUGCUCAUAACCGCAAUCAUCGGGUAUUUGUUAUAUCAGAGGAAAAGGAAGACGGGAUUUGUUCCUGCUAAAUCCUCUGACAGCGGCUCUGACAGCUCAAGUCAGACAGCAGCCGAGGCUUGAGAUCAGAUCAGAAGAACGACUGAAGAGCAUUAUCUGUACUCACUCAUGGAACAUAAAGACUAAAGAGGCCUCAUUCUGAAGAUCUCUUUUACUUCUACAGUAAAUGUCUGUUCUUAACUAGAAAUCAUUUAUUCAUUUCAUCAUCUUUGUCUUUUUUUUUUUUAAGGUACAAGUAAUAUGUCUAUAAUUUAUCUGAGCCGUGACUGAGGGUCCGCCCAGGUGAUAUAUCAUAUCAAACAUUUAAAUGUUUGACUUAACCUUUAUGAAAUCACAUUUCAGUGAGGGAGAUUUUGUUGCUUUCUUAUUUUCUUGAUUGAGCUUAUUCUGUGCAGUGUUAGGUGUUGUGUCUCUUCUUUCAGACAGCUGAGGUUCAGUUCCCAUUAGCUCAAGACGCCACAUGAUCUUGAGAAAAUAAGAUAUUGGCUAGAUUUUCCUCUCUAACCAUCUUUUCUCUCCAGAAGUGGCUUAUAAGCAUGAU